AGCCCUCUCCCGCAUGACGGCAUGAGCGCCGCCGCGGCGCCGCGCUGGAUGCUCGCCCAGAGGCCCGAUCUUCUUCUCCCCAAACGCUCCCCGAAUCCAAACCAAAUUGCACACUCGAAUCGCCUGAAAGCGCCUGAAUCGCUUCCUCCAAGGCCAGCCCGAGCGCGCCGCCGCCGCCUCCCGUCCCUGGAGCCGUCGACCUACGGCCGUCUCCUCCGGUGUGCGUCACGGUCCCCGUCGCUGGCGCUGGCCAGGCUCGCGCACUCCCACAUGCUCCGCGCCGGCUACCGGCCGGGCUUGUUCCUGCGCAACAACCUGCUCGCCGCCUACUGCCGCUGCGGCGACAUGCGGCACGCCCGCCUCCUGUUCAACGGAAUGCCAGGCCGGGACGUCGUCUCCUGGAACACGCUCAUCGCCGGGUACUCCAGCGUGGGCUCCGCGAGCCUGGCUCUUGGCGCGUUCCGGGACGCGCGGAGCGGUGGUGUUCCGGUCGAUAGGUUUACCUGCGCCGCAGUGCUGGGUGCCUGCGCUGGCGUGAGGGACAGGAGGAGUGGUCGGGCUGCGCAUGGGCUGGCGGUGGUGAGCGGGCUUGCGCGGACCGCGUUUGUGACCAAUUCGGUGAUUGACAUGUAUGCCAAGUGCGGGAUGAUUGAUGAGGUGAGGCUGGUGUUUGACCGAACCGAGGAGCGGGAUGAGGUUUCGUGGAACCUGCUGCUUUCGGCGUAUGUACGGAUGGACUGGCCAGAGGUGGCGGUGAAUGUGCUUGUCUGGAUGCACCGGUCAGGGGUGAAGCUGGAUGCUUUCGCGUUGGGUGGGAUCCUGAAGGCUUGCACUGAGCUUGAGGAUUCGGAGGAUGUUCGCAGGAUGCUGCAUGGUUGUGUGGUUAAGGUUGGUUUGGACUUGGAUUUGUUCGUUGGGAGUGCCAUGGUGGACAUGUAUGCAAAGAACGGCGGAUUGGAGGAGGCCAUCAAGGUGUUUGAUUGCAUUCCAGAUCAGAAUGUGGUAGUUUACAAUGCCAUGAUAGCGGGGUUUGCUCGGUUAGGUAAUGAUCCAUGCCCUGAGAAUAGAAUUGAAGCUGUCAGGCUUUAUUCAGACUUGCUCCAGAGGAGGAUAAGACCUUCUAAGUUUACAUUGAAGAGUUUGCUUGAAGUGUGCAAUUUGACCAAUGCGGUGCGUUGUGGGAGGCAGAUACAUGCCCAUGUUAUACUCAGUGGGUACCAAGAAGACGAGUUUAUCGGAAGUGCACUGAUUAAUUUGUAUUCAAAAGCACAGUCAGUUAAUGAUAGUCUGAGAUGCUUCCAUAGGACUCCCAAGCAAGAGAUUUUUACAUGGACAUCUAUGAUUACAGCAUUUGUGCACGAUGAGCAUUUUGAUAAGGCGCUAGACUUGUUCAGAGAGCUUCGUUACAUUGAAAAGGAACCAAACCAAUUCACCAUGUCAAGUGUGAUGAACGCUUGUGCUGCUCUGAGUGUGCCAAUAACCUGUGAGCAGAUACACUGUUAUGCAGUCAAAUCUGGAUUCGAUCAGUUUACUGUUUGCGGUAAUUCUCAGAUAGCGAUGUAUAGGAAUAUAGGUGAUUUUAAGGCUGCAAAGAAGACAUUUGAGAAAUUAACAUGCCUGGAUACUUUCUCGUGGUCUGAAAUGAUCUUGAGCUAUGCAGUGCAUGGCCAUCAAAGAGAGGCUCUACUGCUCUUCAAGAAAAUGGAGGAUUGCGGUGUCAUGAUAAAUGAGUUUGCAUUUCUUGCUGUUCUUGUUGGUUGCAGUCAUCAGGGACUAGCAGAUGAAGGUUUCAGGCAUUAUGACAGUAUGAUAUCAGAUUAUGGCUUUUCCCUGAAUGUGAAUCAUAUAGCUUGCAUGGUUGACCUCCUAGGCCAUGUUGGGAAGGUGGCUGAUGCUGAAGAUUUCAUAAUGAGGUCUGGGUCAGGAAAUGACCCAGUACUUUGGCAUGCACUAUUGCGUGCCUGCAGAAUCCAUGGCGACAAAGACAGGGGUAUAAAAAUCGGGGAGAAACUAAUGAUGCUUGAGCCUUUUGCCGCUAGUUCCUAUGUCGUGCUGUACAACUUGUACAUGGAUGCUGGCAAAAUCUCGCUUGCUAUGAGGACGAGAGGCCUAAUGAGAGAGCGAGGAAUGACUAAGGAAACUGGGAUUAGUUGGACUGAGGUUGGAGGAUCCAUCCAGCAAUUUGUUGAUGGAGAUAACUCUUGUUCACUGAACAAUACAAUUUUUGCAAGAUUGGAAGAGUUGUUAGUUAGUGUGAAACAGAAGACUGAGCAUGGUGGAACGAACAUUUGGGAAUUAGGAUUCCAAAGCAGAAAGGUCGGUGAGAGCUCAAGCAGAAGACAUGGUGAAUUGUUAGCAGUGGCUCUCGGGCUGUCUACGUCGCUGAACACUGGUCCUGUAAGAGUUAUGAAGAACCAGAGGAUAUCCUGGGAAAGCCAUGAGACUCUGAAGUUGCUCUCGGAAGGUGAAAACAGGGAAAUAAUUAUCAGAGAUCCAACUCGCUUUCAUCAUUUCAGUCAAGGUUCAUGCUCUUGCCGAGACUACUGGUAGUCAAAAGUUGUAUGUCUACUCUGGAGUAAAAACGAAUCUGGACAACUUAAAGAGCUGGAUGUGUUGGGCAGAUUGGUUGAUGCUACUGCGUGAUGGUGGGCAGCAUGCCAGCACACCUCAAAGCUUAUGUGCAGGACAAAGUGGUCCACUGGAUGCUUGGUCCUCUUAUGACUCGAGUCUUGGAAGUCUUGACACUGAAAACUAGCGCGUACCUGACAUCUUACAUUAUCAAGCAGUUGAAUUGUUUAUAUUGCCGAAGGUUUUUUGCACAACCUGACAGUAGGGUCCUUCAUUAAGGCCUGGUUGAUCAGAAUUGUAGAAGUAGACACAAUUUCCACUGAUACAUGUAUAUCCUGAGCUGUUUAUAAAGUUUUGAAACUGUCGAAUUGUAUAUACAACUAGGAAUAUGGCCCUAUUACAUUGUACUGAAGAUUUUUUUGGUACAGAUUUGGGUAUUAUUGUUGUGUUCGAUUACUGAAGUAAAAGAU